AGUUUGUUCGCAUCGAGUUUGAAGGUUUGACGACGGUUGAAUUCUCAAGUUUCUGAUUAUUCGACAGAGUGAAAGUUUUGAUUUUGGAAAUUAAGGGCAUACGUUGAUUGUAGUUCAAUCAAGUCACGAUCGUCCAUGGUCUCUCUGUGUUGUCGCCAUUAUUUGUCAAGACGAGAUUAACGUUGGCGGCUGGAAGAAAAGAUGUCGGAAGAAGACGAUGGCUCGUCGAAUCAGAUUCUUACCUACGGCGACUAUGUCUGGAUCGAGCCCAGCACCAAACGAGAAUUCGAUGUAGCGAUCGGUGCCCGGGUCGUUUCGGCCGAGGGCAAACGGAUCCAGGUCGUCGACGACGAUGGCAAAGAACAAUGGCUGACGCCGGAACGACGCAUCAAAGCCAUGCAUCCGACGUCCAUUCAGGGCGUCCAGGAUAUGAUUUCACUGGGUGAUUUGCACGAGGCUGGUAUCUUGCGCAAUCUGCACAUUCGCUACAAUGAAAGCAUCAUAUACACUUACACCGGUUCGAUUCUGGUGGCCGUCAAUCCCUACCAGAUUCUGCCCAUUUACACGGCCGAGCAAAUUAAAAUGUACAGGGAGCGGAAAAUCGGCGAAUUGCCUCCGCACAUCUUCGCCAUCGGCGACAAUUGCUACUCUCAAAUGAAACGCUUUCGACAGGAUCAGUGCAUCGUUAUCAGCGGUGAGUCUGGCGCUGGUAAAACUGAAAGUACCAAAUUGAUUUUGCAAUACCUGGCGGCCAUUAGCGGGAAACAUUCGUGGAUCGAGCAGCAAAUCCUUGAAGCUAAUCCCAUCUUGGAAGCGUUCGGAAACGCCAAAACGGUGCGAAAUGACAACUCGUCUCGUUUCGGCAAGUACAUCGACAUCAGCUUCAACAAACACGGCACGAUCGAAGGAGCCAAUAUCGAGCAGUACCUGCUGGAGAAAUCGCGCAUUGUGGCCCAGAAUCCUGCCGAGAGGAACUAUCACAUCUUUUAUUGCAUGCUGGCCGGCAUGACCAAAGAAGACAAGCAGAAAUUCGAUUUGACGGAUGCCAGCCAAUACAAAUACCUCACUGGGGGCAACAGCACGACGUGCCAGGGUAGGAACGACGCCAAUGAAUUUGCCGAAAUCCGAUCGGCCAUGAAAGUCCUGCUCUUUACUGAGCCGGAAAUUUCCGACAUUCUUCGAGUUCUGGCCGCUCUUUUGCACCUGGGAAACGUUUCCUUCAAAGGAGUUGUCAUCAGCAAUAUGGACGCUAGUGAAAUUCCAGAUCCUUCUAACGCUAUUCGCGUCUCCAAGUUGCUGGGUGUCGAUCCUCGAGAGAUGGUUGACGCCCUUACCACUAAAACCAUUUUCGCCCAGGGAGAUUCAGUGGUAUCGAGGUUAUCCAAAGUGCAAGCUGUAGAUGUUCGAGAUGCUUUUGCUAAAGGUAUUUACGGGCGACUCUUCAUCUGGAUUGUUACCAAGUUGAACUGUGCCAUCCGCAAAUCGGACGAAAUGGACACGAGCUCCAUCGGAGUCCUGGACAUUUUUGGUUUCGAAAAUUUCAGCAUCAACAGUUUCGAACAGUUUUGCAUCAACUACGCCAACGAGAACCUGCAGCAAUUCUUCGUUCGGCACAUUUUCAAGUUGGAACAAGAGGAAUACAAUCAGGAGAAUAUCAGCUGGCAGCACAUCGAAUUCGUCGACAAUCAAGACUCGCUUGAUUUAAUCGCAAUUAAACAGAUGAACAUCAUGGCACUUAUCGAUGAAGAAUCCAAAUUCCCAAAGGGCACGGACCAGACCAUGUUGGCCAAGUUGAACAAGACUCACGGCAGCAACAGGAACUACGUGAAACCUCGUUCCGAUCUGCAGGCCUCGUUCGGUUUCAAUCAUUUCGCCGGAGUCGUGUUUUACGACGCCAGAGGAUUUCUGGACAAGAAUCGAGAUUCUUUCAGCGCCGAUCUGAUGCAGUUGGUCCACGUGACGUCCAACAAGUUUCUGCGAACGCUAUUCGCCGAAGACAUUUCAAUGGGCUCGGAGACCCGCAAAAAGGCGCCCACUCUGUCGGCCCAGUUCAAAAAAUCGCUCGACUCGCUCAUGCGGACUCUCAGCGCUUGUCAGCCAUUUUUCGUGCGUUGCAUUAAACCCAACGAGCUGAAACAAUCGAUGGUUUUCGAUCGUGAAUUAUGCUGUCGUCAACUGCGCUACUCGGGAAUGAUGGAAACGAUUCGUAUCCGGCGGGCCGGCUAUCCUAUUCGCCACACAUUCCGUGAAUUUGUCGAACGUUAUCGAUUCCUCAUUUCUGGAUGCCCACCACCUCACAGAGUGGACUGUAGGCAAGCGACGGCCAGGAUCUGUUCGGCCACACUGGGAAAGACGGACUACCAACUGGGUCAGACCAAAGUCUUUCUCAAGGAUGCCCAGGAUCUGUUCCUGGAACAGGAGCGCGAUCGAGUCCUAACCAAGAAAUUGGUCAUCAUCCAGCGUUGCAUCCGCGGAUGGAUUCAUAGACGUCGCUACGUUCGCCUCAGGAGCGCCGCUGUAGUCAUUCAACGCCAGUGGAGACGUCAGGCCCAACGCAAGCGCUACCUGGAAAUGCGUAGCGGAUUCCUGCGGCUGCAGGCUCUCAUCCGCUCUCGAAUCCUGUCUCAUCGCUUCCAGCACUUGCGCGGCCACAUUGUCGGCCUGCAGGCCCGUUGCCGCGGCUAUUUGAUCCGUCGUCAAUUCCGCAUGAAGACUCGGGCAGUCGUCGUCAUCCAGAAACACGUCCGGCGGAGGAUCGCUCAACGCAACUACAAGAAUAUGAAACACGAACAACGACAUCGACUGGAAGCUCUUCGCUUGCGCGACCUGGAAGAGCGGGAGCUCAAGAAAGCCGGAAACAAACGCUACAAGGAAAUUGCUGACCAACGUUACCGGGAGAGGCUGAUGGAUAUGGAACGUCAACAACGUGAAACGGAGCGAGUCAAUCGUCAACAACUGGAAAGCAACCGCGAGAAAAUGAAGGAGGCGGCCAUCAAAGAGCAAGAGCCAUCGAAUAUCGACAAUUACAUCGAUGAUCUUUUCAAAUUGCCGCAAGAUUCCGGCAACGAAAGGGAGAAGGAGACGGAAGGCAAGCCGCAAUGGAAUAUUCCCAUCAAGAAGGGCGACGAGAACGAGAUGAUGCUGGCCAUUCCGCCCAGUACCGGAAUGGGCCCGACGGAAGAUUUGUCGGAAUAUCGUUUCCAGAAAUUCGCCGCCACUUUCUUCCAGAGUAACGCCACUCACCAGUAUUCCAGGAAACCGCUCAAGUCUUCCCUUCUCUCUCUGCAAACGCAGGGCGAUCAACUGGCGGCAUUGGCUUUGUGGGUGACUAUUCUCCGCUUCAUGGGCGACAUGCCUGAGCCGAAAUAUCACUCGACCGAGCGAGACAACACUUCAGUCAUGACUCGCGUCUCGGCUACGCUCGGCCGCAAUUUCAUCCGCACCAAGGAUUUCCAAGACGCACAAAUUUUGAGCGCCGAAUCGGAAGCCUAUCCUAAAGGCACUUCGAAACAGCGUUCCAUUCGCCACAAAUUGGUUUCUUUGACGCUCAAACGGAAGAACAAACUCGGAGACGACGUGCGGCGCAAGUUGCAGGAAGAAGAUUACACGACGGAAUCGUACACUUCGUGGCUCGAUUCACGACCCACUUCCAACUUGGAGAAACUUCAUUUUAUCAUCGGACACGGCAUUCUGCGCGCCGAAUUGAGGGAUGAAAUCUACUGUCAGAUUUGCAAACAGCUGACCAACAAUCCGUCGAAAUCGAGUCACGCACGCGGAUGGAUCCUCUUGUCGCUCUGCGUCGGCUGUUUCGCUCCGUCCGACAAGUUUAUCAAAUACCUGCGCGCUUUCAUUCGCGACGGACCGCCCGGCUAUGCGCCUUAUUGCGAAGAGCGUCUCGCCCGCACCUUCAACAACGGCACCCGCAACCAACCGCCUAGUUGGUUAGAACUCCAGGCCACCAAAUCGAAGAAACCGCUGAUGUUGCCCAUCACUUUCAUGGACGGAAACACCAAGACUUUGCUGGCCGAUUCGGCGACAACGGCCCGCGAAUUGUGCGACCAACUGGCCGAAAAGAUCGAGCUCAAGGAUCAAUUUGGAUUUUCCCUGUACAUCGCCCUGUUCGACAAAGUGUCGUCGCUGGGCAGCGGCGGCGAUCACGUCAUGGACGCCAUUUCCCAGUGCGAGCAGUACGCCAAGGAGCAAGGAGCCCAGGAGCGCAACGCUCCGUGGCGGCUCUUUUUCCGCAAGGAGAUUUUCGCUCCUUGGCACGACCCGACCGAAGACACGACGGCCACCAAUUUGAUUUACCAGCAGGUGGUCCGCGGCGUCAAAUUCGGCGAGUACCGCUGCGACAAGGAGGAAGACCUGGCCAUGAUUGCUGCCCAGCAGUACUUUAUCGAAUACGGAAGCGACAUCAGCAAUGAUCGAUUGCUCACCUUGUUGCCCAACUACAUUCCCGAUUACUGUCUCUCAACCGGAGACAAGGCCAUUGACCGAUGGGCCCAGCUAACUAACGCCGCUUUGAAGAAGAGCUAUUACAUUAAAGAGCGAGUUCCUUCUAGUCGGGUCAAGGAGGACAUUGUCAAUUAUUCCAAGCUCAAAUGGCCGCUACUCUUUUCUCGCUUUUACGAGGCUUUCCGCUCUUCAGGUCCUAACCUGCCGAAGAACGACGUGAUUAUAGCCGUCAAUUGGACGGGAGUGUACGUCGUCGACGAUCAAGAGCAAGUGCUGCUUGAACUUUCAUUCCCUGAAAUUACGUCGAUUUCUUCUCAAAAAACGAGCAAAGCUUUCAGCCAGACUUUCACUCUGAGCACGGUGCGAGCGGAAGAGUUCACUUUCCAGAGUCCCAACGCUGAAGACAUUCGCGAUUUGGUUCAAUUUUUCCUGGAGGGAUUGAAGAAACGAUCCAUGUACGCCGUGGCAUUGCAAGAUUACAAAGACGAAGGUGCGACAUACUUGCAACUGAGCAAAGGCGAUCUGGUGGUGCUGGACCCGAAUAGCCGCGGAGAGGCCGUCCUGAGUGGCAGCUGGUGUUCCGGUCGAAGUGAACGAACCGGCGAGCAAGGUGACUUUCCUUCCGAGGUCGUCUGUAUCGUUCCGGCCAUGAGCAAACCGCCCGCCGAGAUCAUGGCACUUUUCACGCUGGAGGGAGCGGAGCAAAGCCGCCGUCAGGUGACUUCACAGCAGGGCAGCAACGGGACGGAGCCGCAGGAGAAACCGCACACCCUGGAGGAGUACGCAGUCGAUCACUUCCGCCCGCCGCAGAAGAAGACUGUGCCCAAGGGAUUGACGGCGGCUCGUCGCGGGAGUCACGACGAGCUGUGGCGUCAUUCGCGUGAUCCCCUCAAACUGCCGCUGCUUCGCAAAUUAUCGUCCAAGGAGGAAUUGAGUCACGAAGCCAUUUUCGCAUUCCAGGCUUGUUUGAAGUACAUGGGUGACAUUCCUUACCGUCGGGCCCGCUCGGCCAAUGAACUGACCGACCAGAUUUUCGAGGGACCCUUGAAACACGAACAAUUACGAGACGAGGUGUACUGCCAAAUCAUGAAACAACUGACUGACAAUCGCAAUCGAUUGAGCGAAGAACGCGGAUGGGAAUUGAUGUGGCUGGCUACCGGAUUGUUCGCCUGCUCGCAAAACCUACUCAAAGAAUUGACGCUAUUCUUGCGGACGCGCCGUCAUCCGAUCGCCACCGACUCGCUUCAGCGGCUGCAUAAGACGCUGCGACACGGACAGAGAAAGUACCCGCCUCAUCAGGUGGAAGUGGAAGCCAUCCAGCACAAAACGACGCAAAUCUUCCACAAAGUUUAUUUCCCCGACGACACGGACGAGGCCUUUGAAGUCGAUUCUUCCACCAGAGCUAAAGACUUUUGCCAAAGCAUCUCGCAGCGACUGGCACUCAAGUCGGACGAAGGUUUCAGUCUCUUUGUCAAGAUUGCCGACAAGGUCAUUUCGGUGCCCGAAGAGGACUUUUUCUUCGAUUUCGUCCGCCACUUGACGGACUGGAUCAAAAAGGCCAAACCGACCAAAGACGGUAUCACGCCUCAAUUCACCUACCAAGUGUUUUUCAUGAAGAAACUGUGGACCAACACCGUGCCGGGCAAAGACCGCAACGCCGAUACCAUCUUCCAUUUCCACCAAGAGUUGCCUAAACUGCUGAGAGGCUAUCACCGCUGCAACAAGGACGAAGCCAUCCGUCUGGCCGCUUUCAUUUAUCGCGUCCGCUUCGGCGAGAGCAAAGCCGAGCUGGCCAACGUGCCGCAAAUGCUACGCGACCUGGUCCCGGCCGAUCUGAUCAAACUUUUAGGCAACAAUGAUUGGAAGAAAACUAUCACGGCUGCUCACGCUCAAGAUUCAGGAAUGAGUGCCGAAGACGCCAAGAUCAACUUUCUAAAGAUUAUUUACCGCUGGCCAACGUUUGGUUCGGCCUUCUUCGAAGUCAAGCAAACGACCGAGCCCAAUUUCCCCGAACAGCUUUUGAUUGCCAUCAACAAAAGCGGAGUCUGUCUGAUCCAUCCACAGACUAAGGACAUUUUGGUGACUCACCCGUUCACGCGCAUCUCCAACUGGUCUUCGGGCAACACUUACUUCCACAUGACUAUCGGCAACCUGGUACGAGGAUCGAAAUUGCUGUGCGAAACCUCGCUCGGCUACAAGAUGGACGACUUGCUCACCUCCUACAUCUCCCUGAUGUUGAAUACCAUGAACAAGCAAAAGUCCAUGCGGCUCUAAUAAUUUGCUCGCUCUUAUUCUUCACAAUUUUAUCCCAUUCAAACGAGAACGUAAAUGUUGGCUAUCGAGAUGAGCUUCGUUCCUUUGGUCAGUUUAUAGAUUGAUUUUCCAUCACGAGAAUUAGCAACUUUGUGAAUAGUUUCUGAAUUUUGCGAUAUUUUGCCACUACCUAGUUUUCCGUGUUUUUUUUGUUUUUUUUUUUAAUUAUUUUUAAUUGACACCGGGGUCAUCUGCUUUUGACGGGGUCUACUAUUGUCAAUGCAUGCUUCGCUAGCUCUCCUCAAAAGCAAGGAACGAUCCCGUUUCCCCUUUGCAGUUUUCAUCGCCCUCAUAAUCGUCUUUUAACAAAUUUAUGUAUAUGUUAUUUGAAAAAUGAAGAAUUAUAAUAAAGCAUUUUACACUCGAAA